AACCACCGCGCCCGCCGAUACUCCCGCAAAGUAUUGAGGAAUUCACAGAGAGUGUGAAUGCCGACCCCUCUGCUUGGUACAACUACUGCUCGGCGAUCUAUGACCACGUGUCCCAAUUGACUCUCCGCAAUGAGGCCCUGGAACUCGAGAAUAAGGAAAACAACACUGCGCUGAACAUCGCGAACGGUAUCAAGGAAUACCAGAAAGAGGAAAUGACCACGCUCAACCUGCGCCUCCUGGAUGUCAUGAAGGAACGCGACCAGGCGGUCACUUUGGCUAUCCCUGCGGUUCAUACCCCCGAGUCUACACCUACUCCUGGACCCCGUGCUGAGGCUC